CAAAGGUGAUGCUGUUGCGGGUAAGGUAGCUCAGAUUGUAGGGGUUCCAUUCCAUCUAAGUCAUGGAGACCCUUUCAAGGUUUACAUUACCCCCCACUUGUUCCAGCUUUCAGUUCCCGAAAAUCUCUGUAUUAUCUCGUUUCUCAAAUGCUUUUUCCACAACCACUCCACUGGUUUCAGUGCUAAGAGUAAGAGCUGGUCCUCCUUCAGUGAGUGGUGCCGAUGAGGAUGUCCUGCAAAUAUUUUUUAAGGAGAGAGAAUUAAAUGGUGAUUUUAUAUCAAGAACUUCUGAUUUAUUAUGGAGAAGAAACUUCAAAAACUCUGGUGAUUAUGACAUUAACGCGCUGACUGAUAAUACUUCUCAACAAACAGAGCAGAUCACAGAAACUGACAACGAUGGCGGUUUUUUGAAACUUACAAGAACCCAAGAGUGGUUAACAGGCGACAAUUCUCCUCCAAUAAACAAGAAGGUGACUGCUAAGAUGUUGCAGGACAGCAGCGCAAGGCGCAAGAAACUGAACAUGCUCAAGUAUGAAUCUCUCAAGAGGGAAUUACUACUUCUAUCUGUGGGUAUUGGAUUGGCAUGUAGUGGAUAUUGCUUGGUAAUUUUUUCAGUACAGGCUGCUAUAAGUUACGGGAUCGGAGUACUUUUCAGUUGCUUGUACCUUCAACUCUUGUAUCAACAUGCAGACAACAUAUCCAAUGAAAAUGUUCCUCAAAUAUUCAAGAAAAAGAAGUCAAAGAAAAUUGGUAUAAGAAGUGAGGACCUUGAAGAUUUCUUGGAGAGGUCAAUCAAGGGUAGCAGUAUUUCACUUUCAUCUCCCAGGCUUGUUAUUCCAGCAACAAUAUAUGGACUUUGGAUCCUGUUUCAUCAAUAUUUUGCCAAUGACUUUUUUGAUUUCCAGCUUGUGCCAGCCAUGUUCGGAAUGUUUGUCUACAAGGCUGCUGCUCUGGUGCAAGUUUAUAGAGACAAUGAAGGCUUGCGGUUUGUGUUUCCAGAAAACGAAGAUGGAUCAAGCGAUUGAAGUAUUUAUUUUCCUAUGCUCAGCACUCAUCACUCAUCACUCAGCAGAGUACUAUAUCUUGGAACAUUGGAAAUGCUGAGCUGCUGCAUUAACUGAGUACUACUGAUCACAGAGGUUACAACCUUCACUGUAUUCAUCUUUUGUUGAAUUUUAGAACGAUGAUGCUAUUUCAUUACAGUAAAUAGUAGAUAGUGUAUUAAUAUCUUGUUCUUGAAACUAACAAUUGUUGACUGUUGACAGUUGUUAUAAGGUAAAAUAUUACAUGCACUUUCGUUUAUCCUA